AUGACGCCUCUCUUUCUGCUGAUUGAAAAGUACAGCCUGCCCAAUGAGUACAACCUCUCGAUAGUGGAGAAGGUGGACCUGCUGAAACGCUUUCUCAAGGAAGCCAUUCGCCGGGAGUUCAAGAUCAAGGAGGGCGCGGAGAAUCUGCGCCGCGCCUCCAAUGACGGCAAGUCGCUCUCCAAGGUGGACAAGUUUGUGAAGGAGACGAAUAGCAAGCUGCAGGACCUGCAGGAUGAUCUCAAUGAGCUGGAGCGAUUUGUCGUGGAGACGAACCAUCAUCACCACCACCAUCACACCUCCCAUCACCACCAACAGCAGCAGCAACAACAGCAGCAAUAUUAUCAACAACACGAGCAGACGCCGCCCAUUGACAUUAUCGACAUGCCUUCAGUUUCAGGCGGCGGUGACCAGAGCAGUCAGACCUCUUCUGACCGCGAGGACCAGCUGCUGUCUGACUUUGCGAGCAUGGACAAUGGCACCUCUGUCAGCCACUCUCUGCCUGCCAGUCUUCUUCAGUCGUCAGCAAAUGGCGGUCAGCAACAACCGGUGGUGCUGAGCGAGGGCCAGCAACGGCUGGCGGAGUUGGCGGAGAGCCUGGCCGUGCUAGAGAAGCGCAUGAACAUCGAGAACAAGGUGAAGCAAGGCCUGGAGAAUAUGAUCCACUCUUAUGGGACGAAGCCGGACAAGGCCUCGAAGAAGCUGCUGGAGCAGGUGCAGGCGAUGUUCGAGGAGAGCAAGGCGAAAAUUGAGUACAUUCGCAUGCAGAUUGUCCGCGCCCGCCACCAGAUUGACAGCCACCAGGCGGCGAUGAUGAACGGAAGCGCUGGAAACGGCGGCGGUGGUGAUACAGGAGGCAGUAACGAAGCUGAUGCCUCUCUGGGAGGGACCCUUUCCGGACCGGUUAAGCGGCCCAUUGAGGUGGAGCCCUCGCUGGACGCCCGCAUCGAGGAGCUGCGGUAUCGCCUGCGCGUCGAAUGUGCCGUCGUGGACGGCGCCAAGAACGCCAUUCGCAUGCUGGAGAAGCUGAACACGAAGAGCACUGACAAGCACUCGCUGGAGGCAAAGUCGAAUCUGGACGAGUCGAGCAAGAAGCUGGACCUCCUGCGACGGUCGCUGGAGCUCUGUCGAGCGCAGCUGCCCGCCUCGGAGGCGGAGAAGGCCGCCGAGCUGAAGGCGGAGCUGGAGUCGAGCAGCAGCCAGAGCUCGGCGGCAGUCAGCUCGCAGCAGUCCAUCUACUCGCCCACCAUCAAGUCCACCAACAGCGGCGACACCUACAACAAUGGCAGUGCUGGAGGAAGUGGAAGUGGAGGUGGCAAUGGCGGUGGCAGCAACAGUAGCAGCGGAAGUGGCUCUCGUCGUGAGUCGACCACGACCACCCCGGCUGCAAACACCUCCGCCAAUUCAUCUGCGGCCUACUUUCUCCCGAAACCUGCUGCCGUCACUGGAACGCUUGAAGUCCGCCUCGUUGGCUGUCAGGCUUUAUUGAAAGACGUCCCCGGUCGCUCUGCUUCCGCCCAAAACGAAGGAAGCGGAAGUGGCGGGAGUGGCAGCAGCGGCCUCUCCUCCUUUGUCAAGGGCAAAGGCCUGGGACGGACGUACUCUCGCUCCUACUCGGUCAAAACUGAACCAGAGCCCAGUAACGAGGUGAUGGCCAUCCUCAAGCUGGACAAUGUGACGGUGGGGCAGACGAACUGGAAGACGGCCAGUCAGAAGGCCUGGGACCAGCGCUUCAGCUUUGAGCUGGACCGCUGCAAGGAGCUGGAGAUUCAGAUCUUCUGGCACGACUGGCGGUCGAUGUGCGCCCUGAAGUACCUCCGCCUGGAGGAGUUUAUCGACGACACGCGCAAGGGCAUCCCGAUUCACCUGGAGCCGCAGGGCAUCCUCUUUGCGGAGUUCAAGUUCAUCAACCCCUCCAUUGUGUCGAUUGGCCGGUCGAAGCUGAAGCGGCAGAAGCUGUUUCGCGAGCAGAAGGGCAAGGGCAACUUUAUCCGCCCGGCGCAGCUGAACAUGAACGUCGCCGCCUGGGGCCGGCUGCUGAAGCGGGUGCUGCCCAAUGCGCAGGCGGCUCAGGCGCAGGCGGCUCAGGGCUCUUCUUCCAGCGGUACCGGUACCGCUCGACCAGUCAUUUCGUCGCCCUUUUUGCCCGGCACCUCACCAGCCCCUGCUUCAACGUUGCAAGGGGGAACGCCUGUUUUGAAUGAAAAAGGCUCUGAUAUUGAGAUUUUAGAGGCUUUGGAUGAAGACGCUGCAGUUGAGGGGUGCACCGUUGUGGAGGAGGUGGAAGAGCAGCAGCAGCAGCAGCCCAUCGUCAAGGAGCCCUCGCCGGAGAUUUACUACACCAGAGAGGGAAGCAGCAGCGGUGGUCACGCCUACCGCACUUCUCAGCAGCAGCAGCACCCGUACUCCUACGCCUCCCAUCCGUCGGUGACGACGACGCAGCUGAGCGACAACAGCACCAUAUCAAUCGACGAGACGGCCAGCGCCCUCGACCUCUCCGCCCUGAAGAUUAGUCCCUUCAGCAGUGCCCAGCCCAUUGUGGAGCUGGUCGACGAUGAGCAGCAAUCUACCAGCAGCAAAUCCAAGAGCAAACGACCAGAGCCACCCCUGCCACCGGUGCGCAUCUCUUCGGCGAAGAGCACCACCAGCUCCACCAGCUCCAACAAGUCCUCUUCGGGACAGAAGUCCUCAGUUCCGCCCAGUUUGCCGACGACCAGUCCAAAGGCGAGACAGCUGCCGCUGACUCAGGUGCAACCUCAAGUGGCGCCUCCUGCGCCGCCAAAGCGAAAGCAAGGCAUCAACAUCAACGACUUUGAGCUUAUUGCCGUUCUGGGACGGGGCCAUUUCGGAAAGGUCCUCCUCGGCAAGUACAAGAAGACAAAAGACUACUUUGCCAUCAAGGCGCUCAAAAAGGGCGACAUUAUCGCUCGGGACGAGGUGGAGAGCCUGCUGUCGGAGAAGCGCAUCUUCGAGACGGCCACCAAGGUGCGCCACCCCUUCCUGGUCAACCUUUUUGCCUGCUUUCAGACGUCGCAGCACGUCUGCUUUGUGAUGGAGUACGCCUGCGGCGGCGACCUGAUGAUGCACAUCCACAAUGAGGUUUUCAGUGAGCCACGGACCAUCUUCUACGCCUCCUGUGUGCUGCUCGGCCUGGAGUACCUGCACAAGAACAAAAUUGUCUACCGCGAUCUCAAGCUGGACAACCUUCUCCUGGACCGAGAGGGCUACGUUCGCAUCGCCGACUUUGGCCUGUGCAAGGAGGGCAUCGGUUACGGUGACCGGACAGGCACUUUCUGCGGCACGCCCGAGUUUUUGGCGCCCGAAGUGUUGACGGAGAACUCCUACACACGGGCCGUUGACUGGUGGGGUUUUGGGGUGCUCAUCUUUGAGAUGCUCGUCGGAGAGUCUCCCUUUCCCGGUGACGACGAGGAGGAGGUCUUUGACAGUAUUGUCAAUGAUGAGGUGAGGUUUCCGCGAUUUCUCUCUCUGGAGGCGGUGUCGAUGAUGCGAAGACUUUUGAAAAAGAACCCCGAAAAGCGACUAGGCUCAACUGAUCGUGAUGCAGAAGAUGUGAAGCGAGUGCCGUUCUUUAGGACAAUGAACUUUGAGAACUUACUCAAGAAGAAGAUUCGGCCGCCCUUUGUUCCUACUGUGAAAAACCUCGAAGAUGUGACCAACUUUGAUGAGGAGUUCACCUCUGAGCGGCCGGUGCUGACGCCGCCGAAGGAGGCCCGCCCUGUCUCCACUACCGACCAGAAUAUGUUUCGUGAUUUUGACUUUUUCUCCGAACUGUGGGCAGCUAAAAUUGUGACCGAUUUAUGA